AGGGGAGGAGGCAUCAGAAAGUAGACGAGAGGGAGAAGGCAAGAGGGAAACUGUGAGAGUCAGUAGAAGAGAGAGGAGAGCAGAAAAAGGAGGACAGCUCAGCAAAUCAGCCUAGAAGCGAUCCUCUCACAGCUGCAGUGAUCCAGGCUGGGAGGGGAAGUUUAGCUCAGCAGAAGGAACAUAUAAGAGAUAGCUCAUUUUUUCAUUUUUUUAAAUUUAUUUAUCUGGGCAAAGACAUCAGAAGACUCCUUGGAGAGGAGAGGCAAGAAGAAGACAGAGGAAUCAGAGAGCUUCUGCAGCCUCAGAGUGUCCUCCUGCAGGGGAAGAUGGAUUCAGACUCCGGAGAGCAGAGUGACGGAGACCUCUCUCCAGGACAUGAGAGCUUUAACUCGCGCUCCCUGGCCUUGCAAGCCCAGAAGAAGAUCCUGAGCAAGAUGGCGACCAUGGUGGUGGCCAACAUGCUGACAGACGACACCAGCAGCGAGAUCUUGGACGAGCUCUACAAGACAAGCCGGGAGUUCACCAAGAGCAAGAAGGAGGCCCACAAGAUCAUCAAGGACGUCAUCAAGAUCGCCCUGAAGAUCGGCAUCCUGUACCGCAACCACCAGUUCAGCCCCGACGAGCUGGACACGGUGGAGCGCUUCAAGAAGAAGAUGAACCAGGCGGCCAUGACGGCGGUGUCGUUCUAUGAGGUGGAGUACACCUUCGACAGGAAUAUUCUGUCAGAGCUCCUGCUGGAGUGCAGGGACCUGCUUCACACCCUGGUCGAGCAGCACCUGACCGCACGCUCACAUGCUCGUAUCGAUCACGUUUUCAACCAUUUCGCCCACGGGGAGUUCCUGGCCGAGCUGUACGGGGACGGAGAGGAGUACAGACUGUCUCUGAGGAAGAUCUGCAACGGCAUCAACAAACUGCUGGACGAAGGAACGCUUUAACCUCUCACACCUGACCUCUUUCACCUCUCGCUGGUUUCUCCUGCCUCCUUCUAUUUCCUUUUCACCCGCUCACCUCUGCUCUAUCUUCUUUUUCGCUCUCGUCUUCCUCUUUCUUCUUCACCCAUUUCCAUGACGCUAGUUGUAACAUCCUGCUGCUGUGGUUCAAUGAGGGAAUUAGACUGUCUUUCCAUUCCGUGGAUCAUUGCUGCACACUGGGACAGCCUGUAUCAUGUUGUGUGCAUUGUAGCAUCCCAAGUCAUCCUUUUUGUGUGCAAACGUGAACUGUACCAAUGGCCAAAAAACAUACAGUAGGUAUAUUUGGAUAUGGAAGAUAAUCAGUGGUAGUAAUCAGUCUCUCUCUCUUUGUGUGUGUGUGUGUGUGUGCGUGUGUGCACAAGUGUUUGUAUGGGGUUUGCUUGAAUAAUGUGUUUGUAUAUAAGACCAACUAUGACAUGGUGGGUAUGUAAUAUGUAUCUGUGUCAAACUUCUCUACAAGGGUGUAACACUUGUCUUUUAUUAAAGAUUUCUUGUAAACAUGA